AUGGAUUGUGGGGAAAACAGAAACGACCAGGAGAAUUGUAGGGAAGACAGAAACGACCAGGAACCGAAACACCAAUGGGAACGCUACAUUGCUCCAAAACCGAUGGACCAUGCUGCGGCAGACGCGCCGAACAAGUCGGUACGCUGGGAUACGUCAGGCGACGAGAAGAAGCUGAUGCCAUUCCAAUCACGAAAGAAAGCGAGCCACCAGAGGAGAUCCCAACGAAAAUCGACGUUAAGGCGAAUUGG